GUGUCAGCACUUGGCUGGAGACUUCUUGAACUUGCAGGGAGAGUGAGUGACUCGUGCUCUCCGCCUGCGCCCGUGCCUCUCACCGGCCGGCGGAUCCAGCCGGGUCGUCCCCGAGCCCCGCCACCCCGCGCCGGGCCGAGCCGGGACGCUGCUCCCGGCGCGAGCAGGCGACUGUACGGCCAGGAAAGGGGACGGACACCCGGUCCCUGCGCCGGCUCUUCGGACGGAGCUUUUUCCAUGUGGAGGCUUUUUCAAUGGACGUGUCUCCGCGUGCUUCCUAGACGGACUGCGGUCUCCUAAAGGUCGACCAUGGUGGCCGGGACCCGCUGUCUUCUAGCGUUGCUGCUUCCCCAGGUCCUCCUGGGCGGCGCGGCCGGCCUGAUUCCCGAGCUGGGCCGCAGGAAGUUCGCGGCGUCGUCGGGCCGCCCCUCGUCCCAGCCCUCGGACGACAUCCUGAGCGAAUUCGAGUUGCGGCUGCUCAGCAUGUUCGGCUUGAAGCAGAGACCCACCCCCAGCAAGGACGCCGUGGUGCCCCCCUACAUGCUGGACCUCUACCGCCGGCACUCGGGCCAGCCCGGCGCGCCCGCCCCGGACCAGCGGCUGGAGAGGGCGGCCAGCCGCGCCAACACGGUGCGCAGCUUCCACCACGAAGAAUCCUUGGAAGAACUGCCAGAAAUCAGUGGGAAAACGACCCGGCGAUUCUUCUUUAAUUUAAGUUCUAUCCCCACCGAAGAGUUUAUCACUUCAGCAGAACUUCAGGUCUUUCGGGAGCAAAUGCAGGAAGCUUUGGGAGACAAUGCCAGUUUCCAUCACCGAAUUAAUAUUUAUGAAAUUAUAAAACCUGCCACAGCCAACUCACCGCUCCCCAUGACCAGACUUUUGGACACCAGGUUGGUGAAUGAGAACACUAGCCGGUGGGAAAGUUUCGAUGUCACCCCUGCAGUGAUGCGGUGGACUGCGCAGGGACACGCCAACCACGGGUUUGUGGUGGAAGUGGCCCAUUUAGAGGAGAAGCACGAUGUCUCAAAGAGGCACGUCAGGAUUAGCAGGUCUUUGCACCAGGACGAACACAGCUGGUCGCAGAUACGGCCCUUGCUGGUAACUUUUGGCCACGAUGGGAAAGGUCAUCCUCUGCACAAAAGAGAGAAGCGUCAAGCGAAACACAAGCAGCGCAAACGCCUCAAGUCUAGCUGCAAGAGACAGCCUUUGUACGUGGACUUCAGUGACGUGGGGUGGAAUGACUGGAUUGUGGCCCCUCCAGGGUAUCAUGCCUUCUACUGCCAGGGGGAGUGCCCUUUUCCGCUGGCCGAUCACCUCAACUCCACUAAUCACGCCAUCGUUCAGACAUUAGUCAACUCUGUGAACUCCAAGAUCCCAAAGGCGUGUUGUGUCCCCACGGACCUGAGUGCUAUCUCCAUGCUGUACCUUGAUGAAAAUGAAAAGGUUGUGUUAAAGAACUAUCAGGACAUGGUUGUGGAGGGUUGUGGGUGUCGUUAGCACAGCAAAAAAAAAAAAAAAGUAAAAAAAAAAAAUAUAUAUAUAUACACACACACACAUAUAUAUAUAUUUUAGAAAAAAGCAAAAAAAAAAAAAACCCUCCCCCAACCCCCCCAAACAAAACCAGUUGACACUUUAAUAUUUCCCAAUGAAGACUUUAUUUAUGGAAUGGAGUGGAAAAAAAACACAGCUAUUUUGAAAAUAUAUUUAUAUCUACGAAAAGAAGUUGGGAAAACAAAUAUUUUAAUCAGAGAAUUAUUCCUUAAAGAUUUAAAAAUGUAUUUAGUUGUACAUUUUAUAUGGGUUCAACCCCAGCACAUGAAGUAUAAUGGUCAGAUUUAUUUUGUAUUUAUUUACUAUUAUAACCACUUUUUAGAAAAAAAAUAGCUAAUUUGUAUUUAUAUGUAAUCAAAAGAAGUAUCGGGUUUGUAUAUAAUUUUCCAAAAGCCGUAGUUGUUUUCAGUUGUGUGUAUUUAAGAUGAAAAGUCUACACAGAAGGUUACUCCGGCAAAGUGCCCAGCACAUUUGCUUUUUUUUUUUUUUUUUUUUUUUUUUUUUUUUUUUUUUUUUUUUUUUGCAGCGCGCUACUGUUAAGUUCACAAGUUCAAGUCCAGAAAAAAAAAAAAAAAGCGGAUAAUCCACUCUGCUGACUUUCAAGAUUAUUAUAUUAUUCAAUUCUCAGGAAUGCUGCAGAGUGAUUGUCCAUGAGAACUCUCAUCCUUAUUAGAGGGAAUAUUUGGAUAAGAAUGAGACAGUUGGUGAUACCAUACGGAAUCCCUUUUCCCACCUCUUCAUUUGCAGAAUAAAGCAGGACCAAUAGUAAUAACUAGAAAAUGAUGACUAUGCAGCUAAGUGGAUGAUGAUUUUUGUUCUUCUUCCCUAAACUAGGGAUCCCUUCCAGGGGAAUGAUCUGGCCAAAGUAUUAAAUAAAACAUAAGGUAUCUUCAUUGUUGAUAUUGUGGUCAUGUAUAUUUAAAAUUGAUAGCUUGUGGCCCUAACAAUGGAUUUGUUGAAAACAGCAGGGAGCUGUUUAUGGCCCCAGAGUACUCAGUUUUUUGACUUUCCCCAGACACAACACAAUUGUGCACAUUAUGUUUGCUGCCUGCACCCUGUUCUCCAACCGAUCGGCUUGCUUUUCUUUCCAAGGUUACGUGUUUGAACACAUUUCUCCAAAUGUUAAACCUAUUUCAGAUAAUAAAUAUCAAAGCUCUGGCAUUUCACUCUA